CAGCUGAGUCACAUGACCUCAGAGAGCGGAUGCGGACGUGGGACCGUGUAAUGUCAGUGUGGAGCAUAAACACACCGGGCUGUUAAUAAACUUACUGACGGGUGUAAUCUCUCUGGACUGGUGAAGCAGGAGCUGGAAGACAAGGGAAAAGACAGGCGACGUCCGACACGGCAGCAUUAAUCCAGCUAGUGUCGGCUGCCAAAAUGUUGUCCGAAGGAGGCUCUUUCAUGAAGGGGAUGGUCAUGGGAGGCCUGUUCUGCUUGGUGCUGUCAUUCCUGGGUAGUUUCAGCCCCGGCCUGGAGUCCAGUACAGACGACCAUCAUCAUCAUCAUCAUCACGUCAAGGCCCAGAGUAAUGAUGAGCUGACACACUUCUCUGACAGUCAGAUGCAACAGUUGAUCAGUGAAGUCCGGGUCUCUUGCAUCAUCAUGGUCCAGCCCAAGAUUCUUGUUUAUUGGGCCACUGCUGUUGACACCUGGAGCAAACACUGUGAUAAGGCUGUGUUUUACACCUCUGAGUCCUCUAAGGCUCUCGAGGCAGUUGACCUGAAUGAAAAAGAUGAGUGGGCAAGGUUACGUAAAGCUCUGAAGCAUGCUUAUGAGAACGCUGGAGACCUGCGCUGGUUCUUUGUGGCGCAACCCACCACGUUUGCCAUCAUCGAGAACCUCAAAUACCUGGUGCUCACAAAAGAUGCAAGCCAGCCCUUCUACCUGGGUAACGUUAUGAAGUCUGGGGAGCUUGAGUACGUAGCGUAUGAUGGUGGCAUUGUUCUAAGUUAUGAAGCGCUGAAAAGGUUAGUACACGUGUUCCAGGAUGAAGCCAAAUGUCCAGAAAGAGGACGUGCCCUGUGGAAGCUGAGUGAGGAGAAGCAGGUAGCCGUGUGUCUCAAAUAUACAGGCGUCUUCGCAGAGAACGGAGAAGAUGUGCACGGAAAGGGAGUGUUCAACAGCAAGAGCGUGGACAGCCUGAUAACGGACAGCAUGAAGGACAAUCCCACCAAUGUAGUGGAGGGCUGCUGCUCGGACAUGGCAGUCACGUUCAAUGGGAUGUCACCGAAUCAGAUGCAGGUUAUGAUGUUUGGAGUAUACAGACUUCGGCCUUACGGUCAUGAUUUUCAUGACUCAUUAACAUUUUACCCUCCUGAAGGCUCAGACAACGACUAGAGACUCAUUCCUUCAAACUGGAUGUGGUAUUUUAAAUUUCUUUGCUUCUAUGAUGGCAAAUUUAACUUUGGGGAGAUUCUUUACUUCUAUGCUGUUUGUAAAACUGGAUCCUGGGUUGAGAAAAACAAUUUUAUGUAAUUUUAAACAUUUUGCACUUGGAAUAAUCAGUAAUCAGCACCCCCUGUUCCUCUUUGUGGUGUAGGAGUCGAGGGGUGUGCUGUUUACCGUCUGACAUGAGAGGAUUAUCUGGAAGUUCUGGUUUCUGUGUUGUUGUGCAUCUUAAUUGUUUGACAUUUUGUGGUGUUUAAGCUGCAUUAGAGUUACUGAGUGGUACCAUUUUCUGAAUAUGACAAAUUUCUCAUAUUAUUUAACUGCUUGAUGAUUUUAACCACUUUUAAUUACUUUUUUUGUGUUUGUUUUUUUGUGUUUUGUUUUUUGUGUUUUAAUCUCUGAGAAUACAUCACCCAGUUGAUUUUAAUUUUUUUUAAUAAAUAUUAAGUCCAACAUAUCAUGGCCUAGCCCAGCUCUAAAUGAAGCCCAUUUCUGGCCACAUUCUGCUUUGUUAUCUCCACAUACAAAGAAUUGGUCUUUACAACUAAAUGGAAAAUAAUAAAUUCUAUACCUCAAUGCUGACUAAUGGUUAAAUUACAUUUCUUCCGUCACACAUAAAAAAAAAACAACUUUUUCUACUGAUUUAAAAAAAUACAGGGAUGUCAAGGCUGACCUGAUGAGGUGACUUUUUGAAGGACUAUUAAAGGGUGGGAAUGUGGAUGAAGGUGUGUUAUACUGUGAAUUACUUUUGGUACCAGGAAAGCUUUGUACAGUUUAAGAACAGCUGAACAAUUUUUAUAUAGAACUGUAAAUUGUAAACUGUGGCCACCAUUUUAUAUUCUGCUUUGAUUAAUAGUAAUUCUGGUGACCACUGUGUGAAUCUUAACGAAUUAUGUACUGUAUAUUCAUGUUUUGCUACAAGAAUAAAACAUUGCAGUUCUAUCUGA